AUUGGCAGCACUGCCGCAGAUGCCAGCCUAUAAGUUGGAGGAUAUAUGUAUGGAGGAGCGUGUUUUUUUUUGCAUCGUCGUCUAAAGUGAAGAUAAAAUACCUCGAAAUUUUAAUUACAUACAUGUGCUGUGGAAUUAUCCUCAAUACGGGGAGGCCAAAUAAAUCUCCAAAUUUAUAAAAAAAAAACCAAUAAAUUUUGUAUUAAUAACGGCAAAAACAAAUCGCAACGGCAACGAACGACGACGAAGACGCUGUCCGUAACCCGUAAAUAUGCAGAAUAUACAGAGUGGGACAAUAUCUGAAAAAGCGGGAGAUAUCGUCCUGGCCGAGUCAGAUGCCAUAGAUCUAGAUCCACCCACAGCAUCAUCUCCAUCCAAAUUCAGCGGCAGCAGCAGCAACGCCAAUCCCACAAACACCAAUACCAUUACCGUUCCUGCCGUCAACAACGGUAAUGGUAGCGGGAGCAGCGGGUGUGAUGGCAGCCCUGGCCAUGGCCGAGCGUAUGGCGCAUCGCAGAAAAAUCCAACAGUUAGCACCAAACAGGAGGCGCAUAAGGAGAGGGAAAAGGAACUCCAAUUGCAACGAGAUGAUUGUCUGGGACAACAGCAUCAAGAAAAUAAUCCAAUUGCAAUUCACUAUUUGGCCUGUUUCCAUGAGAUUUGUGUGGUAACUGCGCUGCUGCCAUUGGUGACGCUUUUCACAUGCUUUGUGACCGCCUACGUCUUCCAAUACGAUGAUGUACACGAGACACACUGCCGCGUCUAUAACAUAAUACCUUCAAUAAGUGCAAUUACCGGCGUCAGUCCACAGCGAUAUUUCUGGCGUUUUAGCAUUGCGCUGCACAUUGGACCACGUAUUCCCAUAGCCUUUGUCUACAAAAACUAUUAUCGGUCUCAAUUGGCGCGAUUGACGCCGUCGCUGGUGCCAAAGACCAGUAUGCUAAUCACAUUGAUUCUAGUGCUCAACUGCAUUGAAAUUGCAGCUCUUGGCGGUGUUACCUAUAUAUCGAAUCGGGAGAAUUAUCCUGUUCAUGAAAGAAUCUUCAUUACGUUUAUGGUCUGCUCACUGUGCUAUAUGCUGGCGACCAUUAAACUAAAUGGCAUCCUCAAUGAAGGCCAAAAACUGAAUAGCCAACAGAUUCAAUCGAUUAAAUGGAAAAAAAUAUUGUUUGUUGUCUCCAUUUUAAGUACCAUUGGUCUAUUGGUAUUUUUUGCCAAACAUCGUUUCUAUUGUCAUGAUUUGGCUUUCAGUUGGUUUGCUUUCUUUGAGUAUUUGAUUGCCAUUGCCAAUAUGUUAUUCCAUUUUACAAUCAUUUGGGAUUUCCCAUCACAAUUUAUGAUGAUCGUGCAGGGACCGCGGGAGAAUCUCUCUCAAUACCUGAGCAAUAAGCCAAAAAUUGAGUAAAAUGUAUUUCUAUACAAUAUUUCAGUCUUAUUAACAUACAUACACACCAUAGUGUGUGUGUUAUGUCUAUCAUGCCUUAUUGCAUACCAUUAACAAAACGUACAAUUACUUAAACUUCACUUAAACUUGACGCUUCCACAAGAAGAAACACGAAACUCGCAUGAAAUCUUCUUGUUACCAAUUUACUUUUCUUCAAUAUAGAAAACAAAUUGAAACGUUAACGAAAUCUUACCAAUCCCAUCAUAAUGAAUAUAAGAUAUAUAUAUAUAUAUAUAUAUAUACGAAAUAUGUAUAUAUAUAUAUAUCUGAAAACAUAUUUUAUAUACACCUACAUAUGUAUCCAUACGAAUAUAUAAGAGAGAGACCCUGUAUACAGUAGACAUUGAUAUGGCAUAGUUAUCAAUGUCAAUGUCGGCGAUUUAGAUACAAAUGGUAGCUAUAAUGUUCUCUAUAUAUAUAUAUAUAUAUAUAUAUAUAUAUAAAACACACAUUCUAAAUAAAUGAACUAAGUUAUAUAAGGUUUAAGUGCACUAAAGAACAAAAACAAAUAAGUAGAUACAUAUGUAUGUAUGUAUGUGUAUCCAGUUUAGCAUAGCUGGCGAGAAUGCGUGCUGCAUGUUGUGAUUGCCUUUGCUGUUUCAUGAUCUCUUUGUCAAUUUUGGAAUUCGAGAGGAGGAGGCGGUAUGCAAAGCCCUUUUUGAUUUUCUGGGCAAGUGAAACAGCGUGCAUACAUACCACAUAAAUAUAAAUGAUAAAUUAUUAAAAACAAAACAAAAAAUGUCUUACCACUCAGCAGUACAUAUCGAAUUAUAUAGAAAACACUCACACACACACACACACUGAAUAAUGUAACCUGAGCGAGUGAUGGGUGGCCCUAUUGGCCCUCAGUUAACUCUCCAAUCUAACCAAAAUGAACAAAAAGAAAAACAAAUAUUAAAUAAUAAUGCUAAUAGAGACAAUAGCCAUUUAAGCUGGGACAAGCAACGAAAAAAAAAACACUCUUGAAUUCUAAUUAAAGCAACAACAACAACAACACGACAAUUCAAAAAAGAGUUAUUAUUAAUUAGUGAAUACUAAAUGUAGCAAAUUGACAAAACAAUUAAUCUUACAAUUAGUAUUGAAUUUGAAUAGCAAAAUAAUAGAAUAAACAGCAAACAAAA